GGCCGAUGCACAAGAGACCAACCUCGGACAUCAAAUGUAUUUUGUAACGGAGGCGCCGCGGCGGAGAACGGGACUGGCUCACAACACAUUCAUAUGAGGCUGAUGUAUGUCCCCAGUGAGGAGACAACAGUCCCCAGGAGCCACAUAGCACCACCCCUCCACCUUAACCACCAACUCUUCUUCCCUUCUCCAGGGGCAUGCCUUCUGAACCUAGGCUCAGCGGCAGGGAGAUGCUGACAGGACAGAGGCUCUGCCAGUCAAAGUCCCACCAGGACUCGGUCCUCUCCGCCCUCAACCAGCAGAGGAAGGACGGCCUGCUGUGCGAUGUCACCCUGGUUGCCGGUGAACAGAAAUUUCAUGCCCACAAAGCCGUCCUGGCAGCUUGCAGCGAUUACUUCCGGGCCAUGUUCAGCCUGUGUAUGGUGGAGAGUGAGGCGGAUGAAGUGACUCUGCAAGGAGUGACCAGCGUGGGAUUGAAGCAUGCUUUGGACUUUGCUUAUACUGGACAGAUCUUGCUGGAGCCAGCGGUGAUCCAGGAUGUCCUUUCUGCAGGAAGCCAUCUUCAGCUGCUGGAGCUGCUCAGCCUUUGCUCCCACUACCUCAUCCAGGAACUGAGCAGUGUGAACUACCUGGAGCUGUACCGCGUGGCUGACCUGUUCCACCUCCCCGCCUUGGAGGAGGCUGUGGUGAGCUUCCUGGUGGAGCAUCUCUCGGAGCUCAGCCAGAACCACCAGGACGAGGCCCUGCAGCUGCCCUACCGCCUCCUCAGGGAGGUGCUGAAGAGCGACCGCCUCACCUCCCUGAGUGAGGAGGAGAUAUGGAAGCUGGUGGUUCGGUGGCUGGAACAUGACUGUCGCUACCAGUACACUGAGGACUUGCUGCAACACGUGCGCUAUGGCCUGAUGGACGUCCCCACCCUGCACCACCUCGCCCGCAGCCACCCUCUGGUCCAGUCCAGCCCCACUGCUGCUGCCCUGGUGGAGGAGGCGUUAGACUACCAUCACGCCACCUUCACCCAGCCUCUGCGCCAGUCGGCUCGCACCAGGCCUCGCUUCCAGUCCCUCACCCUCUACAUCGCUGGUGGGCGGAAGCGGGAGGUGAGCCGUGUUAGGGAGCUUCGCUACUUCAACCCGGCUGCCCAGGAGCACGUGCGCGUUGCAGGGGGUUCGAACUGGAGUGAGUUGGCGCCCAUGCCCGCUGGGCGCAGCCACCACUGUGUGGCUGUCAUGGGGAACUUCCUGUUUGUGGCGGGUGGGGAGGUGGAGCACGCCACCGGGAGGACAUGUGCAGUGAGGACUGCUUGUCGUUACGACCCCAGGGGGAACCGUUGGACAGAGAUCGCCCCUAUGAAGGCCUGCAGGGAACACUUUUUCCUGGGGGCACUGGGGCAGUACCUGUAUGCUGUGGGGGGCAGGAAUGAGCUGAGGCAGGUGCUGCCCUCUGUAGAGCGCUACUGUCCCAAGAGGAACAAAUGGAUGUUUGUCCAAUCAUUUGAUCGUUCACUGUCCUGCCACGCCGGCUGUGUGGCCGACAACCUCCUCUGGGUCUCAGGUGGCGUGACAAACACCGCUCAGUACCAGAAUCGGCUGAUGGUGUAUGACCCAGAACAGAACCAGUGGCUGGCCCGCAGUCCCAUGUUGCAGAGGCGAGUGUACCACGUCAUGGCGGCGGUGAGGAGGCAGCUGUACGUGCUUGGGGGGAACGACCUGGACUACAACAACGAUCGCAUCCUGGUCCGCCACAUUGACACCUACAACAUGGACCUGGACCAGUGGACGCGCUGCUCCUUCAGCCUCCUCACCGGUCAAAACGAGUCCGGAGUAGCCGUCCAUGAUGACAGGAUCUAUGUCGUCGGUGGGUACUCCAUUUGGACCAACGAGCCCCUGGCGUGCAUUCAGGUGCUGGAUGUGAGCAAAGCAGGGAAGGAGGAGGUUUUCUACGGGCCAACACUGCCAUUCGCCUCCAACGGGAUAGCAACGUGUUUCCUCCCAGCUCCCUAUUUCACCUGCCCCAACCUACAGACUCUGCAAGUACCCCACCACAGGAUAGGUGCUAUUUAAAAUCAUUGCUAAACAAGAUGUCAGAAAACACAAACAGGAUGAGAGGAUGGAAGCCACUCAACUCUGCAGCCACAUGUGCUCCCCCCACCCACAAGUCUGGAUUGAGGCUCUUUGCAGUACCAACUCACUGACAACUCAGCCUCGACUGUCAGUAUUUGUAAAAGCUACUGACAAAAAUGAAGCUGAUCACAGUGCUAAUAUUGAGACUGGAACUUGGCACGUCAUCUGCCACAUCGAUGUACAGGCAUUUCUUUGAGAUCUAAAUUCAGUAACUUAUGUUGCUGAUCUACUUGUGUACAACAGCCAUGUUGCUAUCCCAGCUUCUGGGAAACCUGGAAACAAGCCACCAUCACAGUACAAUAUGACUGUCUAAUCUUUCCCCAAAGACUGAGAGCCCACUUUUGGUGCACAGUGGAGUUGUUGAGCAAGAAAAAUGGCUCUAUAAGAUCAUAACUUUAACGAUUAAGGGACUGUGCUAAUGAAUGGAUAGAGAUUGCUUUGAUCCAGUUGGUGGUUAAGCUAAAGCAUGUCACACUAUACAGCUCAGUGGAAGCCAGACUGAAAUGUUCAUAGGAAUUAAAAAAAAUGCUCAUUUUUGUAACCCAUUAUGGGGCAAUAGGUGCUUGUCUAGCUAAAGUCAGCAUAUAACUUGCCAUCUACUCUUCAUUGCAUCAUACUGAUGGACCGUAUCAUCUCCAACAAACCUCCAUAUUCACUGUUGUGGCCUGAAAAUACACUUACCUGCAAAAAGCAUGUUUUUCCAAAAGGAGGAGAAUGCCUAUUUUCUCAUUGACUUAGGUGUAGUUUUGAAAUUACAGAUUGGGUUGUGAACAGGUUCCAAGGGCCCAAAGGCUGAAAUUCUCUCAAUGCAUAUAAAUUGUCAUGUACACUUUAAGUUCAAAUAAGGAAAACACUAAAAUUGCAGCUACUUGAUUUUUCUGCAACAGCAGCAAUAUAUUGUGUCUGUCGUCCACCCGUGUAAUUCUCAAGUGUGUGAUUUCUAUUAAGCUCAGGACCUAAGACUAUUUAUGUUUAAAUGAAUGUCUUGUCGUUAUCAUUUGGAGCAUAUCUGCUGAACGCUCUCCAGACUUUAUGUAGGAGAAACUAAGCUAUAUGAUAAUAACUUUGUUUUAUGCUGAUUUUCAGAAACCAUCUUGUUUUACUUCAACCAAAAAGAGAAAAUUAAAAAGGUGAUCCCUGAACUUCCCUUCUUUUAUCUAAAGCAAAGUGUAUGAAAGAAUACAUGGACACUUCAUCUUUGCAGAAUAAAGAGAUACCAUAUAAA